AUGUCUAUGGACAUUGACUACGACGCGCCCAUCUCGAUUGCGCCCCAGAACGACGAGCCGCAGAAUGCCGCCACCAUCUUCUGUUGCGAGUGCGGGGCCCCCAUCGACGGCACAACCUCUACGAAUGCCCUUUGCUACGACUGUGUAAAGCUCAAGAUCGACAUCUCACAAGGCAUCCCCAGAGAAGCAACUGUACACUUUUGCCGAGACUGCGAUCGAUGGCUGCUACCCCCGGGUACAUGGAUCAGUGCUUCCCCCGAAAGUCGUGAACUGCUUUCGCUGUGUUUGAAGAAAUUGCGCGGUCUCCAUAAGGUCCGCAUCGUCGACGCACACUUCAUAUGGACCGAGCCGCACUCGAGGCGAAUCAGAAUAAAGUUGACGGUGCAGGACUCUGUCUCGGAUGGAGUCAUUCUCCAGCAGAGCUUCGAGGUCGUCUACGUUGUCGCCUGGCAACAGUGCCCCGAGUGCGCCAAGUCAUACACAGCCAACGUGUGGCGAGCCUCCGUCCAGGUUCGGCAAAAGGUCCUCCACAAGCGUACCUUCCUCUUCCUCGAACAGCUCAUCCUCAAGCACGGAGCCCACCGCGAUACCAUCAAUAUCAAGGAGGCCAAGGAUGGAAUAGACUUCUUCUUUUCUGCUCGCAACCAGUCAGAGAAGUUUGUCGAUUUCCUAAACUCGGUGGUACCAUGCCGGGUCAAGAAGUCGCAAGAGCUUAUUUCACAAGAUACACACACGGGCACAAAGUCCUACAAAUUUACAUUUUCCGUCGAGCUGGUGCCCAUUUGCAAGGAUGACCUGGUAGCACUUCCCAUCAAGCUCGCUAGGCAGAUUGGCAACAUCUCCCCCCUGGUACUGUGCUCCAGAAUUGGUACAGCAGUCAACUUCAUGGACCCCAACACUCUCCAAACAGCCGAAGUCAGUGCUCCCAUCUACUGGCGCUCGCCGUUCGGUGCUCUCGCCGAUGCCAAGGAGCUUGUCGAGUUCAUCGUCAUGGACAUUGAGCCUCUUGGCGUGACCAAGGGCAAGUGGGUUUUGGGACAAGUCGAAGUUGCAAGAGCUUCGGAUCUGGGAGUCAAUGACAAGACCUACUUUGCAAGGACGCACAUGGGUUCCCUUCUGCAUGCCGGUGAUUCUGUUCUUGGCUACAUGCUUACUGGCACCAACUUCAACAACGAGGAAUUCGAAGCCAUCGAACAGUCCAACGCGUACGCAUCAACUAUCCCCGACGUAGUACUUGUCAAGAAGCACUACCCCAACCGUCGCCGCAACCGCAAGAGAAACUUCAAGGUCAAGCGUAUGGCCAAGGAUGAGGGCGAGCUGCUACCCAAGAAGGCCGACCAAGAGCGCAUGGAUCGCGAGUUUGAUCAAUUCCUGGACGACAUUGAGCAGGACGCCGAAUUCAGAGCUGGAAUUUCCUUGUACAGGAACCCCAAGAAGCAACCAGCUGCUGAUGAGAUGAGUAUUGCCGAGACAGAGAACGAUGAGGAUCACGAGGGUGUAGACAUGAAUGAGCUAUUGGAUGACUUUGACGAGUUGACGAUGCAGGACUCGUAG